AAUAACAUGUCUGUAUGUUGAUAUUCCGGAUUGUGAGGUGAUAAUUUGCAGUCUGAAGAAGCCCAUGGGCACUUUAUUGCCUCAUGAAGAAAAAGCAGACCCUAUGAAAAAUAUAAUAUCGUUCUUACAUCAACAUGACUUUGAUAUCCCGGGUGGGAAGGUUGAGGAAUCUUAUUAUGCACCGGCUCUUCGCUUGCAUGAAGUCUAAUUAUGUGAAAGGAACUAUUUGAAGUUUUUCCGCCUUCUUCUUAACAGUUUUCUGUCUAGAUCCGGCAUUGACGCUAAGUAUUGGAUUUUAAUCCAAUUUGCAACAGCUCUGAAGAUGAUCUGUCACCCUCGAGCUUCAUAUGAAGUCCACCACCCCGAUGAGAUUUUCUUACAUGACGUGUACUCAAAGAUAGUGGAUCAUUCACCUCGAUAUAAAGGAAGCUUUUUAAAGAUUGAUGUCCUUUCUCUCUACAAUGAGGUUUUAAGUCUCUGUUCACAGAGGAGUAGACAUUUGUACAAAUUGGAUUCCUUGGUUAGGAAGGCUGCAAAGAUGAAGGCUAAGUUAGAAAACCAUCCUUCCGUCGAAGUGCCUAACGAGAGCAAGUCGAAAGCAGCUUCUGAGCAAACUGGAAAGCUUGAGGAAGGUAAUUCUGUUUUGGGUUCAGUGAUGGGAGAAUUAGAUGCAACAAGCACUUUGCUUAAAGAUAAAGAAUCUGAAGUUGUUACACGUCAUGACAGCGUCAGACUCUUGGAAGAUGAUGCGACUACCAGGCUCAUUGAUGUGACAAUUGAUCCUGAAGAGAAAGAAGCACCAGACUUGACUCUGGUGAUGAAAGAAGAAAAUGAAAACGAUGGGCUUCUGGCCAAGCUGAAUCAUCUCGAGGCUCUGGCACUGGAAGUUAGAAAAACUGGUGAGGAAGCCAACAAGGUCGUUCAAUUGAUUCACAAACUAGUAGAUGUGCUGAUGGAAAAAGUAAAUGAAAAUGGUGUCCUGCUGGAGAAGGUGAAUCAUCUCGAGGCUCAGCUACUGAUAGCCAAAAAAGCUAGCGAGGAAGCGAAGGCAGAGACCCCUGUCAACUGGAGGAUAAACCAUUAGACGGGCACUCGGCUGUGGCGACUGGAAUAGAAACUGAAAUUGGAAAUGUGGGUGGAUGGCGGCGUCAUUGGCGCUCAUUAGGGUGGUCACUAUCAUCAUCGCGGAGUCAAUCUUCAAAUUGGAAAUGUUUUCCUUCGUUUCGUUCUUUUUUUUAUAGAGGGAAGAUCUGGCUUUAAAGAAGAAGAAUUCCUGCACCUGUCCAUGCAAUACAAAAAGGGCGUCCCGUGGUAGUGUUGUUGAACCGCUAAUAGCAAAAUUCACUCCGUUACUUUAAUUAGAACCCAAUGCCUUCAGAUAAGGGCUCAGAUAGCUUAUGUUUAAGCUUUCACCUGGAUAU